AUGCAUAAAAUCGAUCAGCUCACAAAAACGCUCAGCGACCAAGACAAAAGGUACAUUGUAGACCUGAUUGAGACGGGGCAAACGGAGCUGCUAAACCAUGAAGGAAUAAACGAGAGAAACAUCUUAGACAUCAUUAAGCAGAUCAGACAAUUCGAACUCGUGUACCCUCAUGGGCUGCGAACAUACGUGGAGAGAGCCAAAGCGUUGAUGAAAAAAUCGGAAAAAAAACUCAACCAUUUUACACACUGUGUGAUUGAAAGACCAGAUAAUUUAAUAAAAAUAAAAUUUCCCUGGGAUGAUAUGAUGCACAAAUUUGGUGCAGGCGAGAAGGUGAAGACAAUGUAUGUACCCGCUGGGCACUUCUAUUCAAAGGAAGACCAUUUCAAUGUGACGUUGAGCACGUUGAACGGAAGCAGUGAGGAGUACGACGCGAAUGGUACUUUUGCCCAGGAUGGCAAUUUCUGCUCCCCGUCGGAGGGCGAGGCUACUCCUCUAUCCCAGAGGACUCUAUCCCCAAAGACACUUUCCCACGGGCAGUUAUCCACCCCUCCGCUCUCCUCUUCUUCAUCGAACGGCGAAGGUUACAACCGUAAUAUGUAUAGAAGCAGUAACCUCUUAACUGAUGAGCCAAAAUGGACGGAACAGCAUAGAACAAACACAGAGAAGGCGGCAACGCAGGGUGGUGGAAUCUUCGCACAAAUCGACCAGUACCUGCACUACGAACAGAUAGGACUGAACCAUAUAGACCAAGUAUGUUUCGUGUUGCUAGCCGGGGGAUUGGGAGAACGAUUAAAUCACAACGACAUUAAAUUAAAGCUACUAACAAAUUUAGUCUCUGAAAAAACGUACAUUGAAUAUUAUUGUAAUUAUUUGAAAGCUUUUCAACAAUAUAUAAAAAAGGGAAAAAAUAAAGAGGUAGAUAUCCCUUUCAUUAUCAUGCUGUCCGAUGAUACAUAUGAAGAGACGGUUUCCUUUUUGCAGAGGAACAAUUUUUUUACCCUUAAGGAAAACCAAUUAUAUUUUCUAAAACAGAAAAAGGUAUUAUGCUUUAAGGACAGCGAAGCACACAUUGAUUUUGUUUUUGAAAAUGGCUCUUAUGUCCUUUCCACAAAACCACAUGGGCAUGGGGACAUCCAUUCUCUGAUUCGAACACAUAUCGACUUAGACCUGCUCAUGGGACAAGGAUACAGGUACUUGUAUUUCUUCCAAGACACUAACGCUUUAGCUAUGAAGGUUUUGUUUGUAUGCUUGGGGGUCUCCAUACAGAAGCAGCUACAUAUGAACUUCUUAGCCAUUUCGAGAAAUCCUGGGGAAGAAAUCGGAGCCAUUUGUAACUUAAUCAAUUCAAAUAAGUGCAAAAGGGUUGUAAAUAUUGAAUAUAAUUUUUUAGAGUCUAUCAUUACCGGUUCAGGGGGGAAGGAGUUGAUGGAUGAAGAUGGGUUUUCUUCCUUCCCUGGCAACACCAGUUCUAUUCUGUUCGAAAUGAAGACAUACAACGAGGUGCUGCAACGAACCAAUGGGGUCGUUCCUGAAUAUGUUAAUCCCAAAUAUGCCGAUCUUGGGAGGAAGCAUUUCCUUCGGGCUACCCGAGUGGAAUGCAUGAUGCAGGACUUCGCCUUUCUUUACUACUCUGGGGGGAGGGAAGGAUCAAGUGACGUGUCGCAGGACGAGGGGGUGAAUAACAUGGGAGGCUAUGCUUGCAAACAGGGAAGAGUUGGCGUUACGCAGCUGGACAGGCGUCUCUGCUUCUCCCCGGUGAAAAACGACCCCGCCAAGGCGAAGAGAAAAGUGCAAAUCGGCAUACACCCAGAAUGUAUGUUCAGCGCAGAAGCAGAUCUCUACCUCAGCAACUGCGCCUUUUUACAGUUAGCCUGCCUGUACAAUGGAAAGCUGUUCCUCCUAGACGAAUUUGAGGUGAAGACAUUUAAAGGGGUUCAGUAUUUCCUCCCCCCCAAAGUUUUAUUCGAACCGCAAUUUGCCUUUACCCUAACCGAUCUGAUUAAAAAAGUUAAAGGAAAUAUUUCCAUUAGGAAGAACUCCACCCUGUGGGUCAAGUCAGAUGCACUCAUUCGAAAUUUACACCUGGACGGGGCACUCAUCAUUGGAGGGGAUAAUUGUGAACACGCCGCUUCCCUCCCUGUUGUGUUGGAAAAUAAUUUGUGCGUUCGGAACAGGGGCGAUGAGCUCGUGGAGCUUGCCGACAGUGGGGAAGAGAACUCCGUGCAGCUUCAAAUAAGGGGGUAUAAGUUAGUAAAAAGGGAGGUCCUAGUGAUUAGCAGCUAG